AUGUAUGCAGAGCACUCUUGGGCUGAUCUAAGUGGUUACGGCCCUCACUCGUACUGGGACUGGCGAGCUAUGCGUACAAUCGAUGGGAAGGCUUGCCUUGUGGACCUGGACGCGAUGAACAUAGCGAGUUUUGUUGGAGAGUUUUCUGCAUUUCAGCAAUUCCUCUGUCAACAGACCCAUGGCUUUGUCUUGCUUUACGACGUGACUUCUCGGAAAGAGUUUCGAUCUGUUUCGAUAGCCAUUGAUCUACUCAUGGAGAAUACGUACAAGAAAAAUAUAUCUGAGAAUAAUGCGCCUAGUUCAAUAGUGGCCGCGUCCGGCCCGUCUGCAGGAGGUACUUCCCGGAGCGCGUUGCGGAAGCUCAAGGCCAGGAUUUGUGGUCGGGAGGGCCCUUCCUCCAUGCAUCAUACAGAGCAGCAGAUACCUGAUAAAUUCACCUGCUUCCCUCGUCUACCGGCGGAGCUACAGCUUGCAAUCCUUCGAGUUUGUGCGACUUCUUCCUAUCCUAUUGUGGACAAUAAACCCCAUCUCAGCGGUAUUAACAUGAAUUUCUUGCAGGUUUGCAAGUUUUUCCAUGAGGAGGGAACCAGGAUCUUCUGGGCAGAGAAUACAUUUGUGUCUUCUAAACUAAUCUACGUGGUUGCGGAUAUGACCUAUGUCACACCAGACAACCAGCGGGUUAUUACUUUAGCAGAGGGCCAGGCACUGGCAGACCAAUAUGGUUGCAAGUUUUUUGAAUCGUCAUCCAGAGUCCAUGAAGACGUGGAAGCAGUUUUUACAUCUCUUAUUCGAGAGUGCAGAGAACGGGAGCCAAUGUCAAUCUGUCACCCUAGUACAGGUCAGUCUGGACAAGGCCACGGCCGACAUCGCUCUAUCAGUUCCGUCGCAAGAGGUUUCAAACGAGGGGCGACUCGCAUGUUUAGAUGA